CAACUUUCUCCAACUUCCAUCUCCCACCUGACAUUCCACGAAACAUCACCUUUACUCUGUAAACAACACAAAGAACACCCAAAUGCUCAUAAUAGGCCUCACCGGCUCCAUCGCGACCGGUAAAUCCACCGUCUCCUCCAUCCUCUCCGCCGCACCCUACUCCCUCCCCAUCAUCGACACCGACCUUAUCGCCCGCAAAGUCGUCGAGCCCGGCACCCCAGGCUACAAAGCCAUCGUGAACUACUUCGGCCCAACCACCCCGGAUCUCCUUCUCCCAGCAUCCGAUCCCAAUGACACAACAACAACAACAAACACAAACCGCCCCCUCAACCGCCCAGCACUAGGCCGUCGCGUCUUCGGCACCACCGAAGCCCGCAAGCGAGACCGCGCCAUCCUCAACAAGAUCGUGCACCCGGCCGUACGGCGCGAGGUCUACAAAGCGCUGCUAUACUACUAUGUGCGCGGUCACUGGGCGGUGGUUCUGGAUGUGCCGUUGCUGUUUGAGAGCGGAAUGGAUCUGCUGUGUGGGACGGUGAUGGUGGUGGGGGUUUCGGAUCCGACGGUGCAGAUGGAGAGGUUGAGGAAGAGAGAUGCGCAUCUUACGGCGGAGGAUGCGGAGAAUCGAGUGAGGAGUCAGGGGGAUGUCAAGGGGAAGGUGGAGAGGGCGGAGUAUCGGGGGGUGAAGUCGGCGAGGGGCGUGGUGGUGUGGAAUGAUGGGGAUAAGGGGGAGUUGGAGAGUGAGGUGCAGAGGGCGAUGAGGGUGGUCAGGAAGAGUACGCCGCAGUGGUGGGCUUGGAUGUUGUGGUUGGUGCCGCCGGUGGGUGUGGCGGUUGCGAUGUGGAAUUUGGGGGUGAAUUUCUGGUUGAAGAGGGGGUGGGAGAAGAGGGAGAGGGAGGUGAAGGCGAAGUUGUAA